AUGUUUCUCCUGCUGUGUAUUCUUCUUCAUAGUGUAUCAUCUCUUAAUAUCAGGAUUGAUGGAGAUAAUGGAAAUGAUUCAAUUGAGUGUCUUACAGAACAGCCUCAGUCUUCCUGUCAGUCAUUGAAGUAUGUAGCUGAUACUAUUAACAACACUGGUAACCUCACAAUAGAGAUCAUCAGUCCUACUCUUAGUCUACAAGGUAGUGUUAUAUUCACUGAUAUCAAUGGACUAACUAUCAAUGGACAAGGUACUAGCAUUAGCUGUAGGAAUGGAUCAAUACCUUAUGGUAACUCUGGUAUAGUUUUUGAUACAUGCAGUAAUGUUAAACUCAAUAGUUUUACUAUUGAACAUUGUGGAUAUGAAAAUGGACAAAAAUAUCCCGGGCAUCAAAGUGUUCUCUUUUAUAGUUGCAAAACUUUUCAAGUUUCAAAAGUCAACUUCAGUGACAAUAAUGGUUAUGGGCUGGUACUCUAUGAAAGCAGCAUUGGAUAUGUAACACAAAAUAUUUUUACAAACAAUGGUAUAAAACAUUCUGAUUAUUCAAGGGCUGAGGAAUCAAAUGCAACAGGAGGAGGCCUACACAUACUUCAGUAUAAUCUUUAUAAUAAUGCAAUUAGAAUUGAUGCUAGUCACUUUAUUAAUAAUUCUGCUACAACCAUUGGUAGUGCAUUGCUUCUAGAUUUAGGUAGCUGUGCAAACUUACUUUUGUCCAUCACUGCUUCUAAAUUCAUUGGUAAUAGAGCUGGUACUGCUGGAGGAGCCAUUGGGUUUAUAGUACAUAAAAUUAACUGCAAUUACAAUGGCACAAUACCUUUUUUAUACCAUAUUCAUUUGUCUGACUGCAAUAUCACCAAUAACAAGGCAAAGUUUGGUGGAGGAGUUGCAAUCCAAAUUGUUCAUUAUGAGGCUUCACUUGACGGGCAUAAUAUGAAAAAAAAAUUCUUUUAA